GCCUCCCUCCCUCCUCCCCUCCCCGCUUGGUUAGUUGCUGCUGCUGUGCCACCGCCGCAUCCGGGUCCUGGCGCCGCUCGCUGUCACUAUGGUCAUGGCGGAGGGGACGGCUGUGCUGAGGAGGAACAGGCCGGGCACCAAGGCCCAGGAUUUUUAUAACUGGCCUGAUGAAUCUUUUGAAGAAAUGGACAGCACAUUGGCAGUUCAGCAGUAUAUCCAGCAAAACAUAAGGGCAGAUUGUUCAAACAUUGACAAAAUUCUUGAACCUCCAGAAGGACAGGAUGAAGGUGUUUGGAAGUAUGAACACUUAAGGCAGUUCUGUCUUGAGCUUAAUGGCCUUGCGGUUAAACUUCAGACUGAAUGCCAUCCAGAUACAUGCACGCAGAUGACAGCAACUGAGCAGUGGAUAUUUCUUUGUGCAGCCCAUAAAACUCCCAAAGAGUGUCCUGCCAUUGACUACACCAGACACACAUUGGAUGGAGCUGCAUGUCUUCUGAAUAGCAAUAAAUAUUUUCCCAGCAGGGUUAGUAUAAAGGAAUCCUCCGUAGCCAAACUAGGAUCGGUCUGCCGUAGGAUUUACAGAAUAUUUUCACAUGCAUAUUUUCAUCAUCGCCAAAUAUUUGAUGAAUACGAAAAUGAAACCUUCUUGUGUCACCGGUUUACCAAAUUUGUGAUGAAAUACAACCUGAUGUCCAAGGAUAACCUGAUUGUACCAAUUUUAGAAGAGGAGGUGCAGAAUUCAGUUUCUGGCGAAAGUGAGGCAUGAUGAGUGUCGUGGACUGAAUGAUUCCGUAAUUAACAUUGUGUACUGUAUAUAUCAUUUAGAAACGUCAAUCAUGUAUCCUUAGAGCUUUGUUUAGUAUACUUUUUGUAUGCUGUGUGCGUUGCCUCUUAAUAUGGAAUAUGGUUUAAGUUAUUCAUGAGCUGUAUAUUCUUCAAUGUGGCACUCAUGGUUUUUAAAUAAAAUUAGAAUUAUCUGUUUAUACUGCCUGUUAAUAAAAGAAUUUACAGUUCUGUAAAAUUGCUGCUAAACAAUCAUUGGAUCACAAUCUUCAGACCUUGUCCAGUUUAAACUGAAGCUUCCUAUAUACUGAUGAAGUUGGGAUUUUAGCCUUAGUUUGAUUAACACCAGAAGCUUGCAAGUCCAUUUAACUCUUUACAUUUUGUAUUUUAUAGAAAGUACCCUUGUUUUAGUGCCCAACUUUUGCUUUUUUGGGUGUGCGCAUAUAUAGCGUCUAAACUCUUGUAGUAUGUGUGUAUCCAAAUAUUCAUUAUUACAGUAUUAAUACCAAAAGGAUAACACUUAUUAUACUGCCAAAAGUGUAUUCUAGAUUUUUUUCUUUAUGGACUUGCCUUUCUGUAUCGGUGGAGACUUGUGUGUAUCGCAAAAGGCCGUAUGUUCACUUCAUUCACCUUAAGGCAAAGAAUCCCCUCCGUGUUUUCCUUCCUGCACCUCUUGCCAGUGGGUAAAAGCAAUUUGUGUUCCUUUCUGCCUACAGUAAAGUGCUCUGUGGCUUAUACCUGUGCAUAUUUAUAGUAAUUGCUUACAGGUGAUACCUUGCAUUAAAAGUUCAUUUUACACUA